AUGGCGAAAAAACCUAGGCUCUUCUUCCAGGUGAUUCUCUUCAUGUUAAUCAUGGUGAAAAGUGGUGAUUGCAUAUGGUUGAAUUUACCGAAAUCUGGAAGGAAGUGCGUGACGGAGGAAAUCCAUAACAAUGUCGUUGUUUUGGCUGAUUACGUCGUCAUCUCCGAUGUUCAUAUUCACCCCACUCCCUCCAUCACCACCAAGGUCACAUCACCUUACGGAAACGUCCUUCACCAUAAGGAGAAUGCAACUCACGGUCAAUUUGCUUUCACUACAAGUGAGGCCGGGCAGUAUCUGGUUUGCUUCUGGGCAGACGACCCUAAUCAAGGUGGAGCUUUAAGUGUAAACAUUGACUGGAAAACUGGAAUUGCAGCAAAAGAUUGGGAGUCAGUUGCAAGGAGAGAAAAAAUUGAGGGUGUUGAGCUUGAGUUGAGAAAGCUUGAAGGAGCUGUGGAGGCCAUUCAUGAUAAUCUUCUCUACCUCAAGGGCAGGGAGGCACAGAUGAUAGAAGUGAGCGAAACUACAAAUUCUAGAGUGGCCUGGUACAGUAUAUUCUCGUUAGGUAUUUGCAUUGCAGCUUCCGCUGCACAACUAUGGUACUUAACGCGCUUUUUCCAAAAGAAGAAACUAAUCUAG